CACUGAAUGGGGCCCAAUGAGAAAUAGUUCAUGACAAAUCACCAGUAACCUUCUAAGACGACAUGGUAAUAUUGUCUAGAUAGAGAACGACAGAUCAGCUGUGAACAAGCAGGGCAGGUGGUAAUACAGGCAAUUAACUUAAAAACAAACAGUUGAAAUCAAAUGCAGCUUUAAAUAUCUCCCUGUAAAACAUAAGAUCUAGCAUCACUUGUAUAUUUUGUACUCAAAAUAAAAAACAUGACAAAAUAAAUAUAUAACAUUUACAUUGAAUUCAGUUGCAGAAAAGCCACCUAUUGUAGUGAUUUGCUGCUAUACUGAACAUCUACAGCUGGGUCAGAACAUACUGGUUUGGGUUUGAGGAUGAACAGGGUAAAACACUGUUGCCAGGGGCUACCACAUGACACAGCAUUGUGCAGAAUGUCCAACUACCUGUGCAAAGUUGAAAGUGAAAGUUGUGUCUCAGUAUAGGACUGAGGUGUAGAUUGUUCUGUAAAAACGUGUAGAUAUGCACAUAUAGUGACUAUUAGAGUGGUUAUGGAUUUAAAUCAACUAUUUUGAAUGUGAAGUGGAGGACGUGAAGACCAGUAAAGUUAAAAUGGCAGAGUCCAGAGUUCAUAAUCAGUUUAAACUCACCUCAGAAGACCAUGUGGAGGUUAAAGUUGGUGAAGAGGUCACCCUCCCCUGUCACAUCUCACCUGACACCAGUCACCUGACACCAGUGCUGACACCUGACACCAGUGCUGUUGCCACUACGAUCAGGUGGUUUAAAGGGACAGAGUGUAUUUACAUGUAUAAGAAUGGCCAGGUGACAGAGAGGAGUGGCUAUGAGGGCAGAGUGAGUCUGAUCACCCAGAAGCUGAAGAGAGGCAACGUGUCUCUGAGGCUGAGAGACUUCAGGUGGUCAGAUAUAGGAGUCUACAUCUGUCAGGUCAUCCAUGGAGAACAGAAGGAUGAGGCUGCAGUGAGUUUAUUGGUCAGAGAAGUAUCAGCAAAACCAAAACAUGAGGCAAAACUAUUAGGAUUAGCACCAUAUGAGGUCCAACAUGAGAGAUUUGACUCAGGAUCACGGUAUUUACAACGUGAGACCCAGGAGGACAAGCUGAAGAGGGAGGCAUCAGCUGGUGAGCUUGAGUUGAAGAUGGAAAAAGAAUUAAAAGAGAAAUUAAGACAGGAGAUGAUGAAACAACUAAAGGAGAAAGACACACAACUGGAUGAUAUGACCCAGGAAGUGAGAGAGAAAGACAGACAACUGGAUGAUAUGACCCAGGAAGUGAGAGAGAAAGACACACAACUGGAUGAUAUGACCCAGGAAGUGAGAGAGAAAGAGAGACUCCUGGAGGAGAAGAACCAGAUAAUGGAACAGAGGGAGAAACUAUUAGAAGAGAAAGAAAACCAACUGGAAGAGAAAGACAAGCAACUAAAGGAUAGAGACAUUCAACUAGAGGCUCUGAGAAAGAACCUGCAGGACAAGAACAGCCAAGUAGAGAACUUCAGAGUCCUACUGCAGGAAAAAGACCUUCAACUAGAGGACAGGAACCACAGACUGGGAGAGAAGGACAGACUACUGGAAGAGAGAGUCAAACAACUAAAGGAUAGAGACAUUCAACUAGAGGACAGGAACCACAGACUGGGAGAGAAGGACAGACUACUGAAAGAGAGAGAGAAACUACUGGAGGGAAAAGAAAAAUGAACUAAAAGAGAGGAGACAGGAAGUAGAAGAGAGGAGACAGGAAGUAGAAGAGAAAGACAACCUACUAGAGGAGAGAGAGAACCAGUUAAAGGAGAGAGACAAACAGGGUGGAGGAUGUCAACAAUGAAAAUGCUGAACUGGCUCAACAGAUAUGUGAUGUGAAGACUGAGGUAGAGAGACUGAGAAGAGAGAUCUCAGCCCAGAUGACUGAACAUGGAGAGACGUCAGAUACAGGUUCCAUACUCCCAGGAGAAACAUCAUCAACCUUCCUCCAUCCAUGGGAGGAGAGACCUCAGAUACAGACCCCACACUUCCACUGAGGAGGAGACACAGCAUGGAGUUAACCUCCUUGUGGUUCGGUGAAACCAAGUCACCAUAUCUGACAACCUGAAGACUGGUGGAAGCCAACACAGUCUUCUGA